AUGACCUCGCCUGUAGACCCCGAGCUGCAGCCGAUCUGGAACGGAGCGGCGGAUAUCGGCAAGCCCAGCGACGUGCAUGCGCUCCGAGCCAUACUCGGAGCCAUAUUCUCGGCCCCGCCCGCGCCCGUCCCACCAGGCGCCGCCCAGCUCCCCUCGCACUCCGUCACAUCCGCCGACGGCACGCCGAUAGAAGUGCUGCACUUUGCGCCCGAGGCAACCGCCGCAGAAACCGCCGCAGAAACCGCCACGACGAGGCCGGCCCGCGCCGUCAUAUUCUGCUUCGGCGGCGGCAUGAUCAUGGGCAGCGCGGCCAGCAACGUCGACGCGGCCGGCACCAUGGCGGCGCGGACGCACAGCCAGGUGUUUGUGCCGGGGUACCGCGUGGCGCCCGAGCACCCGGCGCCCGCGGCGGUGGAGGACGUGCUGGCGACGCUGCGGUACGUGCAGACGCACGCGGCCAGGCUGGGGGUGGACCCGGCGCGCGUGGUGGUCUUUGGCCACAGCGCGGGCGGCGGGAUCGCGGCGGGCGCGACGCUGCGGCUGCUGCAGCUGGCGCGACGCGACGGGAGCAGGAGCGGGAGCGGCGACGAACGCCCGAGAGCAGGAGAAGAAGAAGAGGAAGAAGAAGAAGAAGAAGAAGAAAAAGAGGAAACGCUCCCCCUGCCGGCCGGCGUGGCGCUGCGGUACCCGAUGCUGGACGACCGCACCAAGGGCUCGGUCGACGACCCGCUGCACCGCUACCACGUGUGGAAUUGCGUGGCCAACGAGCUGGGCUGGACGGCCUACGCCGGCGGCAAGACGAGGGCGGAGCGCACCGACCAAAACAUGCCCAUAUACGCGGCGCCGGGCCGGGCGCGACCUGAAGACCUGCGCGGCCUGCCGCCCACCUUUGUCGACGUCCCGGAGCUGGACCUGUUCCGAGACGAGGUCGCCCGGUUCGCGGCCGCGUUGGCCAUGGCGGGCGUCGAGGUCGAGUUUCACCACUACCCGGGGCUUCCGCACGGCGUCGAGCACAUGGCGCCAGGGAUAAGCAAGGUCAUUGCCAUGCAGGAGAAUUUGUACCGGUUUAUUCAUCUUGGUGUACACCUUGGCGAACUCGGACGACGGCACCGCGCCCCUCUCGGCCGCCACGUCGUCCACUUGCACCAGGAAGCCGAGGUAGACCUCGACGAAGCGCACGUUCGUGUCUGCGUUCUCGCGGCUGGCCGCCGUGGCCAUCGAGUAGAGCGGGCCCUGCGUCAUGGCCGGCAGCGGGAAGGUGGCCAGGUCGCCCUGCGCGCCUGUGCAGAUGGUCCAGGUGCUGUCGGGGUGGUUCUGCUCCACCAGGUAGCCGAUGGUGUCGCGCUCUCCAGCCCGAACCCGGUCCACCACGCCCUUGAUGGCCGUGUCCGAUGUGACGUCGGCCACGACGGUGGUGAUGCCCUCUGCGGAUCCGACAGCUUUGAUGAGCUUGUCGGCCGAGGCUUGGCUGCGAACGACCGCCAGGACUUUGCGGCCGGCUUGGAGGGCUCCGUGGGCAGCCGCGAUGCCGAUGUUGCCUGUUGA